UUUAGCCAGCGCCUGUGACACGGUGACACCACCUCCGAGUCCAUGUGCGGCCCAGUCUCCACUCGCGAUGGGCAAGCCUAGCGAAGGGUGCGGUACCUGUCGUGCGAGAAAAGUCAAGUGUGACGAAGCCAGACCAGUCUGCGGCCGUUGCAGAAAAGCCAAGCGGACCUGUUCCGGAUAUCGAGACCCGCUCUCGCUAUGGUUUCGAGAUGAAAGCGAGUCAGUAGCCCGAAGAGUCAAGGGAUCUGCCAACAAAGCCACAGGCCCCCCACCAGCAGAGCCUCCGGUUUUGACGGUAGCCAGAAAGAAGAUUACCCCUGAGGCUUAUCUGGGGCACCACAGUCGACAGUCCCCUAUUCCGAUAGUUAACUUUGUAUUGGACCAUACCUUCCAAGGGACAUGUUUCUUUCUCAACACCUAUACCUGGUUCGAUGCUUCCAGUGUGGUGAGAAGCUCUCUUCAACGUGGCAGCGGGCCUGCUGAAUCCCUUGGCGAGAAAGCCAUGAUGGCUGGUGUCGCAUCGGUGGGCUUGGCAAAUCUUGCAAGCCUCCAUAGGUCACCUUCGUUGCGACUGUCUGCCCGGCACGAGUACGCCACAGCUCUGCAGCUGACAAACGCAGCUUUAUGCGACCCUGUGCUGGUUAGGGCAGACACAACGCUCACUGCCAUCGUUUGUUUAUCGCUGUUCGAGAUUGUCGCCUGUGAGAGAGACGAAAGCCUGGAAUCAUGGAUCGAACACUCACAGGGGGUUGCGACUCUCCUUGAACUGCGCGGUAGCGAGCAGCUUCUGCGCGAAAGCGGUUUCUGGAUGUUCCAAGCUCUUAGAAAUCAGGUGCUCAUCGGUUGCCUACAAAAGAAGACAAGGCUCCCCCCUGUCCUGGUCGACAUGCCUGAUCGGAUAGCUGCCAGUCUGCAGACGCACCCCUUUCCAGUCGACGGGGAUCGACUAGUGAAGGUCGUGGCCAAAUUCUCGGAGCUGCAGGCUGAUAUCAGAGAGGGGAUCAUCUCGGAUAGCACUGAGAUAAUAUCAAUUGCCAUGAUGAUAGAUUCGGAGCUCGCACAUUAUGCUAGCACUGUCUCGGCGGAAUUUUCCUAUGCGACAGGCACCUGGCCCGACGAUGUGAUAUCCCGUGAGAAAGACGAGCAUAACUUUACUCACUUCCAAGGGUCCUACCACAUUUACCAGUCCACCUGGGCCUGCAAUGUUUGGAAUAACUAUCGCUACAUUCGGAUCCUCGUCAAUAAUGUGAUUCUUAAGCAUCUGGGGUCCAUGGCGCGGAAGUCUCAAUGGGGUGUGGAACAUGGCAGCUUCAAGGACCAAUAUGUGCGGAUUCGCGGCCUGACGAGACAGCUAGCAACUGACAUCUGCUGCUCCGUCCCAUACAAGUUCGGAGUUGCUGGCCGUGCCGAGAAGAAUGUGGUUGACUCUGUGACAAGCCAUGCCGGUACGGGAUUCACUUUACUUCUGCCGCUCUUUGUGGCCGCGCUUGUUGACGGAGCCCUGAGCCCGAUCCAUGACUGGGCCAUGAGAUGCUUCAACAUCAUUGGUCGGGAAAUGGGGAUUGACACUGCUCUAACCCUCAUCAAACUCUUGGAGAGCCGGACUGACGCGAUAGCGACUGGCGAGGCAGCUUGGCCAUGGGACGCGUCAGCAUGAACUUUUACAGGAAGUGUCACUGAGCGGGAGGGCUGUGCGGAUCAAACCACUGGACACUCCAAUGAUUCUGAUAUAGAGAUUCAGUGUAGAUAUAAUGCUGCAUUGUAUGCUGGUCCACUCCACGAAAAUACCAGUGGCAGGGAAUCCGAAGAGACGCCUGAGGCCGCUUUCUAGAGUCACGUGGCACACUAUUCCGGAGCCCAUAAAAAGUCGUUUCUUUCC